AUGGCCAGCAGUUCUGGAAAUAUAGACCAAGUGGUGAAGCUAAGUCAAUCUGUCAGCAACACUCCAACAGGUGUAGUAGAGUUUUUCUCAGGUCUGAACAUUUUUCUUGCUUUCACGGCAUUUCUUGGCAAUGUUCUUAUCCUCUUCGCUCUCCGGCGAGUGACUUCUAUUCAUCAGCCGACAAAACUCCUCUUUCAGUGCUUGGCGGUGACUGAUCUUUGCGUCGGUUUUAUUGUACAACCACUAUUCUGCGCCUACUUUAUGCUCCAUGUAAGAGAGAUGAACACGAAUUGUCUGUAUUAUAUUUUUAAAGUUGGCGGAGGUUUAACAUGCAUUAUAUGUUUGGUAUCUGUUUGGACGUCAACUGCAAUCAAUGUGGACAGACUUCUUGCCUUGAUGCUGGGUAUGCGAUACAAACAUGUCGUAACCUUCAGUCGAAUUCGCUAUGUUGUCAUUUCUUUUUGGUUUACUGGUGCUCUAUUUGCGGCGCUUUGGGUUUGGAGAAGAGACGUUGGACAAACGUUAUCCGCUACUUUCAUUGUGCUGUCUCUGAUUACCUCAAUUUCCUCUUUUGUCAAGAUAUACCUUAAGUUACGACAGCAUCAAACCCAAAUACAACACAACUUCCCCCAGGGAUUUCUAAGCGAAUUAGGGAAUCAGCUGAACAUAGCAAGGUACAAAAAAACGGUGUCCAGCAUUUUGUGGGUGCAGUUUGCUUUACUUGUGUGUUAUGUUCCUUAUGGGGUAUUAGCUGGAACAAAAAUGCGUGACAGUGCGGUGCCAAAGUUGGCUACAGAGACUUUGAUAUUCAUGAAUUCUUUUCUAAACCCGGUCCUGUACUGUUGGAAGAUCGGAGAAGUGAGAAAAAAAGUAAAGGGAAUAAUUAGACAGUUGUGGUGUUGUUAAAAUAUUAGAAUAUUGUUAUAAAUUACAAGGUGUCCCAAGACGAGGAAAUGUUUUUUACAAGGCUAUUGAAUUGUCUGGUGGAGAAAAUAUAUAUUAUUUGAACAAACUCUGUUAACGUAACAGUACGUGUUGCUAUUGUUGAUUUAAGACAGUUAAGACGACGGUUACACCUUUUUUUCCAAUAACCCUGUCGAGAAAAAAGUAGAUAAUCACUAGUUCUCGAACUCUGUCAAUCUUAAAUAGCUAAAUAUUUUCUCUUUCAUGUCUAAGCAGCUGAAAGCACGGAGCAAUCAGUUUUCCGCAAAAAUCAUCUCUAUUUUAGGGACCAUUAUCAUUAUCGCCCGAGAGGGGGGACGGAGAACGGGAGAACGGGAGAACGGGAGAACGGGAGAACGGGAGAACGGGAGAACGGGAGAACGGGAGAACGAAACGGGAGAACGGGAGAACGGGAGAACGGGAGAAGGGGAGAAGGGGAGAACGGGAGAACGGGAGAACGGGAGAACGGGGGAGAACGGGAGAACGGGAGAACGGGAGAACGGGAGAACGGGAGAACGGGAGAACGGGAGAACGGGAGAACGGGAGAACGGGAGAACGGGAGAACGGGAGAACGGGAGAACGGGAGAACGGGAGAACGGGAGAACGGGAGAACGGGAGAACGAACGGGAGAACGGGAGAACGGGAGAACGGGAGAACGGGAGAACGGGAGAACGGGAGAACGGAGAACGGGAGAACGGGAGAACAGAGAACGGGAGAACGGGAGAAGAACGGGAGAACAGGGAGAAGAACGGGAGAACGGAGAGAACGGGAGAACGGGAGAACAGGAGAACAGAACGGGAGAACGGGAGAACGGGAGAACGGGAGAACGGGAGAACGGGAGAACGGGAGAACGGGAGAACGGGAGAACGGGAGAACGGGAGAACGGGAGAACGGGAGAAAGCGGGAACGGGGGAACGGGAGAAAGGUAGAACGGAGAACGAGGAAUGGGGAACGGGGAACGACGAACGGAGAACGGAGAACGGGAAGAACGGGGAACGGGGAACGGGGGAUGUUGGGGGGAUCACAUGGUAUUAAGGGGGAGCAGAAGGGGGCUCAGUCGUCGCCAACAGAGUAUAAGUGGAGGACUAUGGAAAAUUGUCUGCCAAUUAACUGUCAGUUAACUGCCUUUCAGGGGAGGUUAUAUGUAUAUUACAGCCAAAAUCCACCGAGCUUCCCCACCCCACCCCCGAUUAACAAUGACUGGUCCCUAAAUGUAGAAAUUCAGUUAUCUCGACGAACUGAAAUUUCAGGCAGCAACCAAAAUCUCUUGUAUAUCUAAAAGAAAAAUUCUAUCGGUAGAAAAAACUUGCCUGUUCGAAAUUGUAGAUUGGCUGAAGCUCAAGAAUUGGUAAACAGCCAGGAAGUCUUACCCAUCGUCUCUUUUUCCACUCGCAGCUUUGUCAUAGUUCCGCAUCGCUCUACUGAUCUCGUCUCACAGCUUUUUACGGAUCAAAGAUCAUUAAGGGCUGCAGUGAGAAAAGCAAGGAAAAACUGGAAUAGCAUCGUAAAAGAAGUUAUUUUGUUUACUUUUACUUCUAUCAGUGCUGUCGGUGUUUUCUCAAUUUGAACUCGAGAGGGAAACAUUUCUCUGACUUUAACUGAUAACCCCUUUGAUUUGCACCAUUUGGACUUGAAUGAAGAAAAAGAUUGGCAGCUUAAGACUGCAUUUGGCUACUGAUAUUGACAUCUUUAUUGACUCUUUACUCAAAUUGCAAAUGGUAAGGCGUGCAUAAUAGUGGUGGGCUUCAGUUGUUUUGACUAUGGAUUACACAAAUCUCUAGGUACUAAAGUUUGAACCUACCAAGAGAUAAAUCCAGCUAAAGUUUAUUUCUAAUAAUCAUCAUUUCUAUUUAUAAAGUUCAAACUAUUUAGCCAACAUUCCUUAACUUUAAGGAAAAGUUUGCCGAAAUGUCAUUCAGGGGCCAAUCAUGGUCUUCUUUUUACUACAACAAGUGAGAUUUUAAAUGAUUAUUAUAGUCGAUUAUUAUUAUAGUACAACUCUGAGUCUUUUCCUUAACCAUUUACACUAUCCCUCAAAAUGUGCUCUUGAUAUUUGAUGUAGAGCUGCUUGCCCUGGAAUGAGUGGAAUGAAAAGAUCAAUCAACAUGAUUCAAAGCCAUUUUUUCCUCAUCAAAAUGUUAUUAGUGUAGAUGCUUAAAAGUUAAAUAUAUCUCUUAUUCUGGAUUACAUGUAGCUAAGUUAAGUGACUUAAUGCACACUAAUUCCAUUUGUAAACUUGUUUAUUUCCUGGAUACAGUAAAGUUCUUUUGUGGAAGUGAACUUCUUUCUUUUUUACCUUUGCCAUUCCAGGCUCCCACCUUUAUUCUGAUGUUUUGCCAAUUUUUGCAUUGAAAGCAUUAUAUGUCCUCUGUUCUCUUUUGUUUGUUUGUUUCUCUUUUUGAGAUGACAUCCUGUUUUGUUACCUCAUGUAAUGACCAUGCCCCUGUUCCCCUCCACUUUGCUAGCAAACAUUUAUAAAUUGAUUGUACUGCUCAUACAGCUUACUAUGCUUGGUGCUUUGUUUAUGAAUAAAGUAGGCUUUAAUGCUUACAACGUUGAUAUCUGGUUGCUUAUUUUCAUUACGGAAUGGAUAAAAGUCUAUUUUUUCCCUGUAUCUUUCUAUUAAGCACUGCGAAUAGCAUGCAAGAAUCCAGUCCUUUCUGUAGUACAUCAACCUUAGAAGAGGCCAGGCUAUGAGUUCAUAACUGGGCAAAGUCCUGUUUAGAUUUCUGUGUGUAUCUGACAAAAAGCUAUGCUCGUGUAUUAAAGGGUAUAUUUCACUAAGGGUAGGAAAACACGCCCUUUCCACACCACUUAAUAUAACUUGAAUACUAUUCAGGGACAGACUUAAACCAGAUGUGACUCAAUGUGACCCACUGUACUGCACAAAAGUUCCUUACUGGAACCUAAAACGAUAUUGUACUACAUUGUUUAAAGGGGAGAAGAAAGUUUUUGAAUGAACAGAACGGAUUUACAAUGAAAGACGGAAAGCGGUAUCCUUGUUCUUUUAAAGUGUGCCUCCCUUGCCAUCUUUCUCCAGUACCAGGAAAGAAGAGAGAAUUGAAACUAAGUCUGGAAGGAAAAAAUUAGGGUUAAAGUGUGUUGAAGGGAUAGGUGGCCGAAAAUGGUAACGUGAAAUGUAGCUGGACAGUUCGCAGAGAAUAUGACAGAAGUUUCGAAAAUUGUAAGGCAGAAUUCUGGAUUUGUGAAUGUAUUGUUACACUGCUCUCUUACUGGUAUGAUGAAGCAUCUCGGGUUGCGUGUUAUCAUCAAUUAUCACUUUUUCUUGGUCUUCCUAUCUAUGUAUGACGGUGAUAAACUUUUGAAAGUCAUAACAAUACUGAGUCUCUUUCUUCGAAAUCUGACUCAAUUUGAGGAAAGUGCAAAGAAAAAAUCUUAAAGUUUUGUGGAAGUUACCGUAACCAGACAAAAUACUUUGUUUGACUCUAAAAGCGCCCUGAUCGGUCAAAAACCUAUCGUUCAUUGCACCGGUAAAUCCACAGAGAAUGAUCUAUUGGAGGACAGACGUGUAGAUGACGUCAUCAUUAAAACUUUUUUUAAUUCUUUAUUAUAUAAAACAAAUAGAUUCCAAGUUACCGUGCGUCUGUUCAGUAAUAGAUCACAGAUGACGUCAAAAUGUGGUAAGAACAAAGAAGUGGCACACGAGGCGCAGCUAUACGUCAUCUAUACGUCUGUCCUCCAAUAGAUCAUAAGUGAGAACCAAUCAGAAUGCGUGCAUAACUGAGCUUAUUAUAUAAAAAUCACUCGCCAGCGGCUUGUAAUUUACAAAUUUUCCUCAUGUGUUCCCAACGUCACGCGUGGCCUAUUACGCUCGUAAACAGAGUGAGCGCUUAAUAAACCCAGAAAGUAGAGCGGAAAGAAAAUGAAAGUGUUGCGUGACGAAUUCAUUUUCAAUGGCUUUCAACUGACUAGUUGGUUACUGAACCGUCAUGGCAACACUUUUAAAACUUCUGAACGUUUAUGAACAAAAAAACACGUCAUAGAAUACAAAGAAUGCAAGUUAACUGCAAAUAUCAAAGGAAAACGUAUGAACGAAACGAGAAGUAUCACCUCUUCCUAAAUUUCAGCGGAGCAAAAGUUGGGUACAACAUUGGCGAAAAUUCAAAGGUUUCCUCCAUUCCAUUCUUAAAACUCUCCAUGGUAACCAAGUUGCAUUAUGAACUCAGUUCAUGAAACCAAAUUAUCUCGUAACUUCCCCCACUGAUGCAACACCACAGUCUCUUGAGAAACUUACCCUCUUUCCUUCAUCCUAAUUAGCAGUAUUUAAGCAGUAAUUAUUUUGUAAUAUCCCACUGAUGCAGCACCACAGUUUCUUUAGAAACUUACCCCCUCUUUGUUAUAUUCUGAUUAGCAGGAUUUUGUAACGCAUGGUAUAUAAGCAUUUUACUCUCAAGAAUAAAUACAACUCUGUCGAUCGGUCAGCGAGAAUUUAAAUAAAAAACACCCACAGAGGAGAAAAACAAAUACAAGACAAAUUAGAAACAGCAGCCGCAAGAGGGGUUGGGGUGUCUUUUGACGCAACUGAUCGUGUUAAUUUAUAGCAGUGUAUGAGAGAUUCUGGAUGGAGAAGCACUGAAUAUUGAGAAAAAAAAACCCUAUGGUUUUAGUUGGUAAUCAAAACUUGAAUCGUCAUUUAUCGCCAUUACAUUAAAGAGCGUAAAAAUCAUGAUUGAAGACUGUUAACAAAAGGAAGUUUAUCGUUUGAAUAAUUUAGUACGAGGGAGACAGGUGGUUGUAAAAGGAAAAUUCAGGAGAAACUGAAAGCAAUAGUUUAAGCAGUAAUUUCACACAUUGCAGUAUGAAAAUAGUGAAAAGUGGCCCAAGAGGAAGAGAGGCCCAUUUCCAACCUUGAUGUAACGCGCGCCGCGAUCCAAUUUCCUGUAACACGAAAUUCCCAGAUAACUAAAAACCUUCUAAAAUCGUCUUUCUCAAGAGCCAUCCAUAGUCAACUGUGUUACGGUAAAUACAUUCAUCGUUCGUCAUUUUACAGUUUCCCAAGUCGGCGAAAAGGACAACGUUCAAAUUUUUUCACUUUCUAGAAGCGCUUGAGGAUUCUUAAUGGAGAUAAAAUAUUUCCAAUAGAAAUUGGUAUUUUUUAAAGAGAAAUAUGGAAAAACAUCAAACUGCCGGACGUUUAGUUAUUCGAGGACCGUGUCCGGUAGUGUUCGGUGAAAAUUUUCUUAGUGUCACGCUUGGAUCUCUUCGUACUCUGUGUACAGUGUUAGCGAAAAAUAUCAAGUUCGAAAUUUUAGGCUGCCUGGAAGCGCUUGAGGAUUGUAAAUAAAGGUAGAACAUUUUCGUGAGAAAUAUGGAAAAAUAUCGGACUGCCGGACGUUUAAUUAUCUUAAGUUUAGUCACUUCAUAGCAGGAACGUCAGCGACACUGACAGUUUACGUUACCAUUCUUAUUUGCUGCUUUGCAUGGACAACAACCUCGACCACUCUUUCGAGCACAAGCUCCUCCCCCGGCACGGACAUGAAACUUCAACUGACCCUUGGUCCUAUUUACCAAGGGUGGCAAACUUCAAUUAAAAAAAUUGAUGAAUGAAUGAAAACGUGGUGGAUCAACAUUUUCACCUUCUUCGAAAUUCUUGUGAGGAUUUUCAUGUUCCUCUUUAGCAACAACCGAUCCAUAAGCGUUCGCUGCCUCGGAAACUACUAAAUCAAUGGAUUCAUCUGAUUCCAUUCCGGAUUAAAACUUAUAGAACUGUUUUAAUCAUAAUUAUUUUGACAAGCUCUCCAAAUUCAUUGGAGAAAACGCAGAAGGUAUUUUGAGACUUGACAAGGUAAAAAUAACUGACCAAUCAGAGGCGCCAUUUAAACAAAAGCGGUGGUUCAAAACAAAGACAAACGACCGCGUUGCAUCAAGGUUGGAAAUGGGCUUUUAAAGAAGGUGAAAAUUUUUCUAUGCAUUCACUGCUUUCAGAAAUUUAAGUUGAUCUUUAAACUCAGUAUAGUUACGAAUUGAGACCUCAUCAAUUUCAGUACAUAGAAAUCUUUUCCAGGAGGUGGGACCAAAGUUUAAUAAUUAAUGAACCAAUGUUAAAUUUUCCGUUAAAACCGGCUUGAAACACUGCAUCUAUGGACUUCACUCGACUGUUAAAUGCAACUUUUAGGGUUUGGAAUUCUAGACAGAUUUUUAAGUCCAAAGUACCCCUAGAAUUUUGAAUUUUUUUUUUCGAAUGGGAUUUGAGGAUAUCAUUUCUCGAGCUAGACCUGUGUAAGAACCAUUUUCAAUAAAUCUUGUCUUAUUGAGAGCACCCCACAUCUAUUCGAUGAAAUCAAACUCUUAUUAGCUAAGAUCAAUUAAAGCCGAAGAUUAAGUUAUUACAGCAGACAUCCUUUAGGACAUUGACUUAAUUACCUAUAUACAAAUAGAAAAGACGAUUGUGAAACACAACUUAAAAUACGUGCUGACCUGUCACGAGGAGUACACGAUUUAAAUGCAAGCAAACAUGCAAAUGUGACGUUCGCCUGUUCUGUUAGCUUAACUGAUGACUACCUUGGUGCGCUACGUGACAUUUGAUACAGGUGUUCCGAGGUCUGUCAGGGUUUUAAUGAAAAGAAACUUCAUCGUUAUAUCUUGAUCAUUACAGAUAAGGAAGUAACUCUAUUUCCAAGAGAGUGACUGCCUAUUCGAUCACGUAUGACAACGCGCUUACACGCUGACAAAACAAAAGUACUUAAAAAGUGGCGAUCACACCAGCUAUGGGUACCAAACACCCUCAAAUCAUUAAACACGAUUGACUGAAUUAUUCUGCUGACGUAAAAAAAUCGUCCAUACGCUACUAAAGAACGCCGAGCAACAUCAGGGCAAGCAUCAUAUGAUGGCAGAUGAUUUAACCAAACCAUAAUGGCCGGCAGUUCUGGAAAUAUAGACCAAGUGGUGAAACUAAGUCAAGCUAUCAGCAAAACUACAACAGGUGUAGUAGAAUUUUUCUCAGGUCUGAACAUUUUUCUUGCCUUCACGGCAUUUCUUGGCAAUGUUCUUAUCCUCUUCGCUCUCCGGCGAGUGACUUCUAUUCAUCAGCCGACAAAACUACUCUUUCAGUGCUUAGCGGUGACUGAUCUUUGCGUCGGUUUUAUUGUACAACCACUAUUCUGCGCCUACUUUAUGCUCCAUGUAAGAGAGAUGAACGUGAAUAGUCUGUAUUAUAUUUUUAAAGUUGGCGGAGGUUUAACAAACAUUUUAUGUGGGAUAUCUGUUUUGACGUCAACUGCAAUCAAUGUGGACAGACUUCUUGCCUUGAUGCUGGGUAUGCGAUACAAACAUGUCGUAACCUUCAGUCGAAUUCGUUAUGUUGUCAUUUCUUUUUGGUUUACUGGUGCUCUAUUUGUAGCGCUCUGGGUUUGGAGAAGAGACAUUGGACAAAAGUUAUCCUCUAGUUUCAUUGCGCUGUCUCUGAUUACUUCAAUUUCCUCUUUUGUCAAGAUAUACCUUAAGUUACGACAGCAUCAAAUCCAAAUACGAAACAACUUCCCCCAAGGACGUCUUAGCGAAUUAGGGAAUCAGCUGAACAUAGUAAGGUACAAAAAAACGGUGUCCAGCAUUUUGUGGGUGCAGUUUGCUUUAUUUGUGUGUUAUGUUCCUUAUGGAAUAUUAGCUGGAACAAAAAUGCUUGACAGUGUGGUGCCAAAGAUGGCUACAGAGACUAUGAUUUUCAUAAACUCAUCUCUAAACCCGGUCCUGUACUGUUGGAAGAUCGGAGAG